UUUGGUUUGGUCCCUUUCGGUCUCUGUGGCUGCAGUUACCAGUCCUACUUCUCUCUCUCAGAGUCGAAGAGGGUUCAAAACCGAAGAAAAAAAGGGGAAAAUAAUAUCAGCGAUGGCGGCGGCCAGUAGAGUGAUGGCCACGGUAGCAUCAACCACCUCCUUACUCUCCAGGGGAUCAUUGCGACGGUCUCAGACCCUGACUCUUUGCUUCAACAGCAGCAGAUUGGUGGCCAAGAAGAGGCUUUUCACUUGCACUGCUCUCUACAAGCCCGAUGCUCAGAUCAAGGAAGAGGGCCUUCCCGAAACCCUAGACUAUCGAGUCUUCUUCGUCGGCAAUUCCGGCAAAAAGAUUUCUCCAUGGCAUGAUAUACCAUUGCAACUGGGUGAUGGUGUUUUCAAUUUCAUUGUUGAAAUACCCAAAGAAUCAAGUGCAAAGAUGGAGGUUGCUACUGAUGAGCCAUUCACUCCAAUAAAGCAGGAUACAAAGAAAGGAAAGCUUCGAUAUUAUCCAUACAAUAUUAAUUGGAAUUAUGGAUUGCUUCCACAAACAUGGGAAGACCCAUCACUUGCUAACUCUGAAGUUGAUGGAGCACUCGGCGAUAAUGAUCCAGUCGAUGUUGUUGAGAUUGGUGAAAGCCGGGGAAAAGUUGGCCAGAUUUUGAGGGUCAAACCCUUGGCUGCUUUGGCAAUGAUUGACGAAGGGGAACUUGACUGGAAAAUCGUUGCAAUUUCGUUGGAUGAUCCAAAAGCUUCUCUUGUUAAUGAUAUUGAUGAUGUUGAAAAGCAUUUCCCGGGUACUCUCACUGCAAUCAGGGACUGGUUUAGAGACUACAAGAUCCCCGAUGGGAAACCUGCUAACAAGUUUGGUCUUGGCAACAAAGCAGCAAACAAGGAUUAUGCUCUCAGGGUCAUCACUGAGACUAAUGAAUCUUGGGCUAGACUUGUCAAGAGAUCUAUUCCAGCUGGAGAGCUGUCGCUUGUGUAAAUGUGAAUUGUAGAGUUGGAGCUGUAGCUGCUUCUCCUUGUACCAUUAUUGAGAGAUGAUCAUGAUAUAUCUUCUCUUGGCAUCUAUUGGUAACGCUAUUGUUCAAAGACCAGGUCAAGUUGAAUUUUCUGUUACUGAGCUAAAUUUUUUGAACAAUUUAUGGUUUUUUGCAUUCAACUUGAAACUUCUAGCAUUCAAAGAUUGAUCAAUGCUAAAUAUUCUGCUCUUUCUAAA